AUGGCGGCCAUGUUGGAGCUAGCUGAAUCGGCUUCGGAGGUCAGCUCGGAUGAUUCUAUUUUCGAUUCUGAUGUAGAAACCAGUGAUGAUGAGGAGUUCAAUGGAAUCCCGAUAUUGAUGACGGCAGCCAAUAUCGCGAAGAACAUAAUCGGUGAAGGUAUUCUGAGCCUUCCAAAGGGGCUUGCUGACACCGGAAUGGUGUCGGGUGUUCUCAUCACUCUUGUCUUCUACGCAGUUAUGGUCUACACGUUCUGGACCUUGGGGAGAGUUUGCGAGGCAACAAACGAGAAGAGUCAUAGGGGAAUGGGAAACAAAGUGACGGAAGGUGUGGUGUUCGGAAACGUCAUGGCGGCCACCAACUUGCUUAAGACGCUUUUCACUUGCACAGCGUAUGCUUUGGUCAUUGGCAGAAACGCAGAAGAUAUCCUGGCCCCCUUAAACUCCAAUUCCUGGUUCUGCUCUAAGCGCGGUAGCUGGGUGACCAUACUGCUUUGCAUCCUGUUGCCUCUCUGUUUACUGCGUGACAUGGGGAAGCUUGCAUGGACCAGCUUUCUGGGGCUUCUCUGUGAGACCGGUGUGGUCUGCUUCAUGACAUGGCGACUUCUGGAUGGAUCUUACCAGGUCGGCGGCGAGUUCUAUGGCAGCCAGACGUCCGAAACUCGAGUGCACUGGGAUGAAGGUGGCCCGCAAUUUUGGACUGUUAGCCCUGGUACACUUACCCUUGUCUCGAGUAUGUCGACGGCGUUCCUUGCACACUACAAUGCGCCAAAGUUCUACCAUCAACUGCGCAAGAGGAGCUCCAGGCGUUUUUUUACCGCCAGUUCCUUGAGCUUCACUUGUGCAUUGGUGCUGUUUUUAACGUGUAUGCUGGUCGGGUACUUGACCUUCGGCCAGGCGUGUCAGGGCAACAUUCUGCACAACUACUCGGAGCGCGAUCCUGGAGCUGCCGUCUCCCGCUUCGCCAUGCUCCUCGCAGUGACCUUUGGCUUUCCCAUUGCCUUCACUGGUCUUCGGGAUUCGGCUUUGUCGCUCUUUUCCUGUUCCUCGCGACGAAGAGUCUGGGUGCCACUGACACUCGGGCUUCUGACCUUGAUUGGUGCUCUUGGAUGGUCUCUCGAUGAUUUGGGCGCUCUGAACAGCCUGGGAGGUGCAAUCCUGGGCUCGCUGAUUACACUCAUUUUUCCAGGUCUGCUGCUGUCAUGGGCCUAUUCCUAUUCUUUGUCUGAUUCUGAUCUGGACUGGAAGGAUGAUGCACUGCUCUUCUGGAGGGUGGAAGGCACCUUCGUGGGGCAUGUGCUGGUUGCAGUAGGCUCCCUUCUGCUGGUUUUCGGAACUCUGGUCGUCGUGCUGAAGGACUUUUUGCACAAAGAUAUCUGA